CCGCACUCACCUUCACCUUCAUCAAUCCUUGUCUUCGUGAGAUAUAAGAAGGCUCAUUCUCCGCGCCGCCCCAACUACUCCUUAUCUUAUCCUCAACAAUCGUCUCCCGACCAAACUUUCAUCACCGAAUUUCUCUUUUCCAAACCAAAACUAAGGUGUGAUUGCAUUUGCGCAUUGAGACAAGGAUACAUACAGACAGACUCUAGGCUCCAGCAAACAGGCAACCAUCACAACAAUGUCUAAGAAGUGGACUCCCGAGCUCGACGCAAUCUUAAAAUGCCAGAUCUCCUUCGGCAAGGCACUCUGCAAUAAGCUCGCUGAGCGCGUCCGCGCCACAGGCGUGGGCUUCACCGAGUGCACACCCAAGUCCAUUGAGAACCGCCUCUACUCGUGGAAGAAAAAGAACACAACUUCUUCUACCGGCUCCGGCGACACUCCAACUUCGACACCCAAGAAGGGCGCUGCGAAGCCCAAGAAGGAGCCUGCUACGCCUAAGGGCAAGACUCCUCGUGCCAAGAAGGGCGCUGCGAAAAAGGCGGGCGACGAGGCUGAUGAAGAACUCACGAUGUCUGCGGGUCGCAAGAGGUAUGCUGAGAGAGAGCAAGGGGGUGGGGAGAAGAAGGUCAAGGUCGAGCAGGGUGACGACGAAGGAGUCGGUGUUGCCGAGGUGGAGGAGGAGGAUUGA